UCUUUACUUUGUUGACUUCUUUUCUUUCUUCUUCUUUGGUCUUAUCUCAAAAAACUGAACAGAUCUUUCAUCUUUGCAACAUCAAAUCAUGACUUCUUGUCAUUUUCUCCAGUUUUUGUAUUAGAUUUUGGAGAUGACUAUGCAAAUUAUGAGAGAAAGUCUUCUCUCUGCUCCACAGAUUCCUUGGUGGAAUGUUUUUGGAUCUCAGCCCUUGGCUCCAGCGAGUCUUGCCGGAGAUUCUGACUCCUUCCCGGCUGGGUAUGCCGGAGAGACAGAACAUGGUGGGGAUAAACAGAGCAACUCUGCAUCUCACUUAGCUUUCUCACUUGGUGAUGUAAAGAAUUCAAGAGAUGUGACAAAGCCUCAUGGAUCUGUUUUCUCAAUGAAACCACCUUUGUUGGAACUUGGAUUUUCUCAGCCACAGAUGUACACAAAGUAUCCUUGUGUGGAAGAAGAAUACUAUGGAGUUGUUGUUUCAGCUUAUGGAUCUCAGAGCAGAGUAAUGCUCCCUCUAAACAUGGAAACAGAAGAUGGAACAAUCUACGUCAACUCAAAGCAAUACCAUGGUAUCAUAAGGCGACGCCAGUCCCGUGCAAAAGCUGCUUCUGUUCUUCAUCACAACAAACUGAGUAGCAGAGGUCGUAAGCCUUAUAUGCAUCAUUCACGUCACCUCCAUGCAUUGCGCCGUCCUAGAGGAUCCGGUGGGAGAUUCUUGAACACCAAAAGUCAGAAAGCUGAUGACACUAAGCAGACUCAGUCUCAGCCUCAGAAAAGUAACUCUCAGAACUCUGAAGUUAUUCAUCUUGAAGGUCAGAUCAUGAACUUAUCACACGGACUCAAUGUCUCAGUAUCAGAAGUUACAAGCAUGAACUACUUUCUGAGUUCUUCGGUCCAUCUUCUUGGUGGCAUGGUAUUGCCCAGCAAGUGGUUUGCAGCAGCAGCAAUGGAUAACGGCUGCUUGGAUUUCAAUACCUGAUCCUUUACCUUUGUUUCUCAGUCAAACGGAGAGAGAGAUGGAGAACUCUUUGUCUUGAGAAAGGACAAUGGUUUUUUUUUUCCUUCUUAUUCUUGCAUUUUGACUGUGAACAGGCAAAUCAUCUUUGGCUCAUUCUGUACCAAGGCUUCUUCUCCUUCAGGUGAAGGAAACCUUGAUGUUAUCUUAGUGUGAAACUAGUUAAAACUGGUGAAGAACAAUGUUGGGGGCUUUGGCAACUUACCUCACUUGUUCCAACUCUUUCGUUUGUUUUUCUGAUGUUGUUGUCUAUAUUUCCUUGUGUAUGUGUGUUUGUCUAUGUUUCUGAAACAAUGGUAAGACCUUCUAGUUA